CUCGACCAGGACCUCCAACACUUGUGUCGACGCCCAAUCGAUACCAACAUUUAGUACCUUCCUUCACUCGGUGCUCAAUCAUGAGUCUCUCGUCAUUUCUGCUCGGAGGGAAAACUACAAGCAACCAAAAAGUUAUUGAUACGGAAUUAGAUGCCCUCUUUCACACUCAGGUCCAAGAUACUGCAGCAUCAAAUGACAAGAAGCGUAAAUCGGAAGGAGAGCAGAGGCAUGGUUUGAAAAAGCACAGGUCCUCACGCAAAGAGUCGCAACAACACGAGUCCCCCCCUCCAAAACGCGUUAAGCUGCAGGAGAACAAGAAAGAAAAGAUCGACAAGAGAAAAUUAGAAGCUGAAGAAAAAUUAAAGGCGACUCCAGCCGUGGAGAGCAGUAGCGCCGAACACCGAGGGGCUGAACCUGCCGACAAUUCCGACUCCGAGGAGGAAAGUGGGCCAUCUACGCUUGUACAUGAGUCGCUGCUGAGUGACGGUGCGAAGUCCAGUCGACGCACGUCCACGCGCAAGGAGAAAUUCGCUCCGCCAGAUGAGUCCGAGGAGCAGCGCAACUUGCGCACGAUCUUCGUGGGUAACCUCUCAUCCGAGGUCGCUCAGAAGCGACCUUUACAAAAGCAACUCCACAGGCACAUUCUGUCGCUCGUUCCUACCGCAAAAAUUGAAUCCACAAGAUUCCGCUCCGUUGCAUUUCAGAACCCUACCAGUAAACUUCCUGAUGACGACGGGAAAGAACAGACUGGCACACGGCAGCACGACCGAGAUAGAGCAUCAUCGUGGCGUAAAACUAAUCCCACAGCGGACGAGCCAAAAAACGACAAGAAGCAGUUUCUCACUCCAAGUCAGAAAAAAAAAGUUGCAUUUAUCAACCGUGAACUUCAUCCUAGCGCCGAUUCGGUUAAUGCAUAUGUUGUCUUCGCAUACCCCUCUCCUGCGAAAGAACGGCCUUCGAAUUUGCCUCCCCUUCCACCAGUCAUGGACCCCCACGAGGCAGCUCAUCUAGCUGUCGAAAAGUGCAACGGGACUGUUUUCAUGGACCGCACAAUUCGUGUAGAUUCUUUGGGUAGACCAGCGGAUAGCGUUGGGAAGCAAAGUUCCCUUUUAGGCACUUUUGCGGGAGACCCGAAAUCGUCGAUUUUCGUGGGUAACCUUGACUUUGCGAGCAAAGAGGAAGAUCUGCGGGUGUUCUUCGAAAGCCUUAUCACUGCCGAACGCGGGCCCCCUAGUCAGGCUUCAGAUGCACCCCAGCAUUGGGUUUCACGAGUGAGGAUUGUGCGGGAUAAGGAGACUCAGCUUGGGAAGGGCUUCGCAUAUGUGCAAUUUACGGAUCGUGUUUGCGUGGACGAAACUCUUGCGAUGGAAGAGUCGAAACUCAAAUUUGCAAAGCGCAAACUACGCGUUCAACGCUGCAAAAUACUCCCGAAGGGCUCCACGACUGACAAUUCGAAGACUCCAAGCACUAAUCACAGUGCGGGUGCAGCUCCACCCAUCGCCAUACCAAAAGGCGAUCCUUCUCUGGGUGAAAAAUUAUCGACCCUCUCCAAAGAAGAGCGGAAGCAGAUUAAAGCAGCGGACGCCAACCGGCUGGCGCGGAGGGUGGCGAAGAAGAAAGCGAGAAUGGCGCUUGCGAAGCAGGGUGUGCCUGUACGUGGCAAGGAGAAGGAUAGAGAACGAGCAAGAAAGACGGGCGCUGUCAAGAAGGCCGCUGUCACACCCCGUAAACAGAGCAGGAUCCGAAGCGAGAAGAGUAUGUCAAACCGAAAUAUGAAGAAAUGAUACGUCUUC